AUGAUCGUCGCCAUCACUCUUGUAUCAGUCCUCCUCGGUCACUUGAUCCCCUAUCUCAUUGACUCCCAUGGCCUCCGCUCGUAUCCUGGCCCUCUUAUCGCCAAGUUUUCCAACAUAUGGCUUGGCUGUGUGUCUUACAAGGGCCACCGUUCGGAAGACAACCAUGAUUUGCAUAUGAAAUAUGCGUCGAAUCACAUUUCUGUAGCUCGGGCAGACACUCAGCCUCUUAUCUAUGGCCACGGAAAUGGAACACUAAGGUCAUCGUUCUGUGACGCCUUUGUUUCUAUAACGCAAGGCUUGUUUCGUGAUCGCGUAAACCACUCUCGGAAACGCAAGAUCAUUUCCCAUGUAUUUUUGCAGAAGAGUGUGUUAGAGCUUGAGCCUCAUGUAAAUCGUUAUAUUGAUGAAGGGUGGACUGGUCAUGAUGGGCGGCUUUGGUUGGACUGUUUACCAUGGAUGAAUUAUCUCGCGUUUGACAUCAUUGGUGAUCUAGUAUUUGGUGCGCGAUUCGGAAUGGUCGUGGCAGCUAAGGAUUCAGCUCUAGUGCCUGAUGAUCCGCGUGCCAUGAUGGCUUCUUACAGUCAAGAAGUACCGGCCGUGAAGAUUUUGAACGGGCGAGGGAACUACACGGUGUCGAUGGGAGUUUUGCUGGGGUGGUGGAGGCCACUGCUCAAGCGAACGCCGUUGUUCAGGGAGGGUGGACAGGACAAGAACACGUUAGCGGGAAUGGCUAUUGUUGCUGUUUCGAAGAGGCUGUUGGUACCUACAGACAAGAAUGACUUGCUGAGCAAGUUGCAGGCCGGGAAGGAUGAACAGGGUAAUCUAAUGAGCCGGGAAGAGAUCACUGAGGAAGCAUUGACGCUUCUCGCCGCGGGAUCCGAUACGACAUCCAACUCGUCCUGUGCCAUUAUCUACUUUCUUGCGCACACGCCGAAGGCACAAGAAAAAUUACACAGGGAGCUCGACGAGAAUCUUGACUCUGAUAUCGCUACGGCCGAGCAAGGCGAUAUGACGAUUUUGGGGAAGUAUUUUCCCGAGGAUACGAUUAUCAGUGUCCCUAGUUAUACGAUCCACCAUGAUCCUACAGUACCCGAGACAUGGUUCGAAUGUGAUAGUGCGGCUAUCUUGAAGACGCUCACCCCCUUCUUUGUUGGACGUCAGGCCUGCGUUGGGCGUAAUCUAGCAACGCUUGAGCUUCACAUUAUCAUCGCCUCGAUCCUGAAACGCUUCCAUUUUGUAUUGGAGAAACCUGAAGAACCCGGUUUCUUGAGAAAACCGUUAGGAUGUCGUGUUGGUUUGAAAAGGCGUGAAACUUUCUAG